UUCUUUUCCUAGAAUCAAAAAACAAUAUUCAAUUCAAGACAAUGAUUAUGAAAAGCAGUGAAAAUAUGAGGAAAAUUCGAAUUAUGGUCGAUGAUCCUUAUGCCACCGAUUCUUCAAGCGACGAUGAUGAUGAAGAACACGAGUUGAAGAAAGAACAAGGAAAAAUUUCUAAGCGAUUUGUCAAGGAGAUUCUGCUUCCUAAUUUCCGAUAUGAUUUUUCGUUUGCUGAUACAAAUUCUCCACAACCCAGUAAUGAAACGAAAAUUAGUAUUACGUCGAAGGUUUCCGACAAUGAGGGAGAUUGCAAGAGAGUUCGGAGAUCUUCCUCUGCAUACAAGGGCGUACGCCGCCGGAAGUGGGGGAAGUAUAUAGCGGAGAUCCGCGAUCCAGUUCAACGCCGGCGGCUGUGGCUUGGUACUUACAAUACCGAGGAGGAGGCUGCUCGUGUUUACAAGAAAAAGAAGCUCGAGCUUGAAAGCUUGAAAUCACCACCGGCUGAUUCUACCGCAAUGCUGGUCGACACCCAAAAUCCGUUUCAUCGUCCGUCGCCGUUGUCUGUGCUCGAUGUCUCCACCCCGGCUCCGGUCAAGGAGGAAGGCAACGUGGAAACGAUUAUUGAAGAAGUAGUAGAAGAGUCCGUUGCUGCAGCUCCGCCGGAAAUGGCGAUAUUGGUACAGCCAUUGGAGAUCCGAGAGAUGGUUCCGGGAUAUGAUUAUUCGGUGUUGGGGAACGAUUUCGACAGAAUUUUCAACGGCAUUGAUGGGGAUGAAAUGUGUGGGGUUGAAUAUGGAGAAGCCGGCGGUCUUCCUUCGCUUGACUACUUUUCUGACCAGGAUUUUUCGUGGAUUGAGGAAACAUUAAAGUUUUGCAUAUAA